AUGUCCAACACUUCUACAGACACAUCUGUAAACUCCAGCCUGUCCUGUAACUCAAGCGGCUGUUUACAGGACCAGAGCCUCCCCCAGGGAUCCUGGACUGUCUACGAUGACGUACUGGAGGGACUGGCGUAUGUAAACUACGUUCUACUACCCACAAUGCUCGUGCUAGGGAUCGGGGGAAACAUCCUCACAAUCAUCAUUAUGAGUUCACCAAAGUUCCAGCAGCUGACCUCCAGAUUCUACCUGAUUUUCCUGGCUCUGUCAGACAUCACUCUUCUUCUAACUCAACCUUUCAAUAAGAUGUUUGUCAUAAAAAUGUUAGGUGUUGAUGUUAGGGCAUUAUCCGACGUCGGCUGUAAAGUCUUUUUCUGGUUUUUUCGCACCGGAAAAAUGACGUCAUCGUGGUUUGUCGUCUGUCUCUGCGUCGAAAGAUUUAUUGCAGUAUGGUUUCCAUUGAAAGCAAAGAUAAUUUCAACAAAGAAAUCGGCAAUUUUGCAGAUUAUUUGCGUGUAUUUAGUAAUCGGGUCUUUCAAUGGAGUUUGGACAAGAAAUUCUGAAGUCCUUGAAGACGGAAAAUGUUAUCCCGACUAUUUUGACAAGAAAGACCGUUCCGAGGCAGAGACGUACAAGGCCAUGCUGACCGCUGGCUCCACCUUGUACUCGCUAGCUCCGCUUUGUAUCCUGGCCACGGUCACCCCUCUAAUUGUGUUCAAACUUGCCAGGCACCGACAACAGCGUAAACGUCUUACAUCCGCCACUAAGAACGACGACUCCAAGGCAACUAAAACCACCGCCAUGUUGAUUGGGAUCGUCGUGGCCUACUUCCUCCUGGUUCUGCCUAUAACUACACUCCAUAACAUAGCUUUCUACAUGGGAAUGAAAAGUUUUGGAGAUAAUCCAAAAGGUUUCUUGAUUUUUCGUGAUGUAUCCCAGAUACUAGAGCAAAUCAAUUACGGCAUUAACUUCUAUCUUUACGUUCUCACGUCAACACAAUUUCGACAGCAGCUUAAGUUGUACUUUACAGAGAGCAGACUCGUUAAAAUGUUACGUACCGUAACACUGUCAUCAGAAGGUAAAACGACGUCCACGAAACUCUCUAAGAAAUCAUCUGAUGAACCGGAACAGCUCAAUAGAGCUAAAAAAUCAUCUGAUGAACCGGAACAGGUCAAUAAAGUCUAA